UCUGCUCUCUACUCUCCCAGCUCUCCUGUUUCAUGCAGACUGUCUGCCUUCCAGCAUAGUUCUGUCCUUUCACUCUCCACUAUUCAUUACCAUCUUGUGUGUGUUUUCACAAACCUACUAAGGUGGACCGAAAGCGCUGGCACAGAGGACUGACAAGUUCAUGCUCAGAUGAAAGAAGCAUACAUAUAGAUGUAACUUGUCCUACAGCAACAGAAGCUUCUACUAAAUUGCAGAUUAAUUACAAAGGAUAGAAAACUCUCUUACAAAGGCUGCCAGCUCAAAUCUUACCAAACACAAGUAGAUGACUGAGAACUCUGCAUCUCAUGAUGGACAAGAAAAGUGCCAACGGCUUUCAGACCAAGGUCAACGAGGGCGGUGUACAGAGGAAACAGCUGCCCUAUUCAGUGGAGACUCCCUAUGGCUUCCAUCUGGAUCUUGACUUCCUCAAGUAUGUGGACGAUAUUGAAAAAGGCAACACCAUUAAAAGGGUCCACAUCCAAAGGAGGGUGAAAGGCCCAGCUAAAUUCAGCACUCUUCCCAGAAAUUUUAGCCUCCCUGGACAUGGAGUCAGGCCUCCACCUAAGGAAGGGGCAUGGUCUGGGACAUCUACCUUGGGCCCAAAGCCCAAAUCCCGAGUGACAGAGGUCCAACAAAUAUUUGACUUUAGGCCAAGUGAAGGGGCAAUAUCCAGUCAUAGCAGCAGAGCGACAACCAGUCAAGGAACUGCAAAUGUUUCAAACAAAUCUAGAGAUGAACCAGGCACUGUCUAUCAAGGUGCUGAGGAUAAAACUGCUGUGAUUCAAAGUCGACCAAACCUCCUUAGAGCAUCAUCAAUGCCCAUCACCCUCCAGCAGAGGAAAGGUUCAGAUUCAAGCAGCCCUGAUUGCACGACGGGAACGCCAGAAAAUGGAUCAACAGAGAACAUGUUCCGUGCCUCUCCAGACAUAUUGGAAAGACGGUGCCUUCCACAGGAUCGGGCGGGUCUUCACCAGCAGAUAACAGUGGCACUGAAAAGAGUCAGGGAGCUGGAAGAACAGGUCAAAACUAUCCCAGAACUAAAGGCUCAGAUCUGCUCCUUAAGGGAGGAACGGGAGAAGCUGCUUCGUCAGAUACAAAUACAGUCCCAAGUUCAAGCUUCCACUUCAUCCUCUGCAAUGGCAACAACUUAUGAGACAGGGGGAAACAGUCAACGCCAAAGACCAAGACCUUCAGAAGGGCUCAACUUAUCUUUAGCAAUUCAACCGGUUCGAGGUGUAGCUUCUGAGCAUGUGCCAGUAAAUGUAGAAGAUAGCCACAGGGAGACAAAAAGAACAAAAGACCUACCAAUACAGAGAGAUCCUUCUACAAAUCAAAAGCAAAGUGUACCGUCAGAGAAAGCUGACAAACAAAAAGAGGCAUCUACGAGCCUGCAAGAUAAUGCAGAGGAAAGGCUAUCACAGGACACUGAAGUUGCAAAAAAAAGUGAGAUUAUCAGAGAGAGUAAUGCAUCAAAAGAGGACCAAAACGGAAUGAUAAAGCUGGAAGAGAAACUAAUGAUGCUGGAAGCAAAACUUACUCAGGCUAGCCAGGAGCUAGAGAGAACUAAUGCUCUUUUGAAGGAACAAAUGGAAGAGAAUAAAGCAAAAGAGGACAGAAUAUUGCAACUGAGUGAAGGGAUGAGAGUGGAAAUUUGUACCACACAAGUACCUGUGAGGCCAAGAAGAGAAAGCAUAGAUGCAGGAACAACUACAGAGAAAAUAGAUCUCAGCCACCAAGAAACUGAGACAGAAUCUCUUGCUAAAAUAGAUCAGGGAACAGAUACGGAUAAAAUCUUGGUUGAAGUGAUAGUACCCAAGCCGAGGACUAGAAGUAUAGAUCGAGGAAUAGCAACUAGCAAGCUUGACACACAUGACCAACAAAUAAAAAUGGAGGCAGAGGUAAUAGCGGCAAUACAACCCCGACCCAGAGCCAACAGUAUGGAACGGGGUACAAUAACAGAGAACAUUGUCACACAAGAUCAGACAACGGAGACGCCUGCAGCCGAAAGAGUAAACCAAGUCACAGAGACAGAGGGAGAAACAGUGACAGAUCAUCCACAUAGACCAAGAGCCAGUAGCAUAGAUCAGGGAACAGAGACUGAAAGGGUGGACACUGUGGACAGAAUCACAGAGACUGAGGCAGCACAGAGGAGCGACCAGCAAACAGAAACAGAGAUAGAAAGUCGGCAGGACAACAACCUGUCUCGAGAUGCACAAGCAGAGGGUCGAGUGGAGGAAAGUGAAACCACUGUAAGAGGAGAUAUUGGUCAUCCUGUGAACAGCACAGCAGAAAGCGAAAAAACAAAAAAAGUAGUUCAAAUAGAAAGUGAAAAUGUUGCUGUAGAGGUUGCUGCAAAUAUAUUUGUUGCAGACGUUAAAGGCAUUGUGACAACUUUAGAUUCAGAAGUUGAAAUAAAGACUAAAGUCUGUCCCAGCCCAGUCUCUGGAACUGAUAAAAGGGAAGUGACCUCUGCACAAGAUGACUCAAAACCUAAAGAGCUCCAACUCUCAACUGGUGUAGAGAUUGUAGAACCUAAAAUGACUGAGAUGGAGACAGCAGAAAAUAAAGAUAGAGAAAUUUUGUGUGAAUCAGUGAAAGAAAAUGUCGUCCCUGAUACUGUUGCAGCCGAAAGUUCAGCUGUGAAGGCAGCAGCUCCUGUUAGACCACAGAGAGGACGCAAACCCUCAGCAGAGCAAAUGCAGCCAACACCUCCUCAACCUCAGCUUGCACCCAUGCUCACUACCAGGGAAUCCAGCGAACCUGAAUCUGAGAAAAUCACAACAAAAGUCCAGACUGCACCACGCCUGGAGACUGAGUUAUCAGCACAACCUUCUGAACCACGGGAAAAUGAUCAAAUGCCAUCUGUGCCUCAAGUUCAAGACAGUAGUCAAGCAGAGAAGCUGCCUGAUGAGUUGAUCGAGAAACAGUCUAAUGUACAACCUCAGGGUGAAUCUCAAAGCGUUUCUUCUAUCUCUAGUGAGAUCCAAGUAAAGACCAAGCCCAUUCAACCACACAGUAAGUCUCAACCUGCAUCUCGUCGGGACUCAAAAGAGCAGAAAGCGCCACAGAGGGGAUCCAGUGUAUCACACCCUCCAAGUCGUGAGUCAGGAGAAACAAAGACUCGUCAAAUCCGCCAUGGAUCAGGUGAUACCCCAUCCCACUCCCAGAGCUUGCGUAGAAGCUCCACAGAGGCUCCAUCAUCUCAAAAAGAUGCCAGAGAGACACAAUCUCUUCGAAGAGGCUCAAGCGAAGCAGCUCAGCGUCGUGGUUCAAGUGAGGCAAAAGCCUUGCGACGGGAAUCUGGCGAGUCUCAGACAGCCCGCAGAGGUUCUGGUGAAUCGCCAACAUCUCCUGCGGCUUUGGGACAAGUAGUAACUCGAAUAACAGGUCUUCUUGGGGAGCAGUGGGCACAGCUCGGGAGCAGCUCUGGAGCCCAACAGAUGGCUGGCCAACAGGAGAGCCCCAUAGCACCAAAACAGACUGCAACCAAAAGAGCAGAAGCAGGAAAGGGAACCCCAGCCAAGCCUGCAGGCAAAGGUGCCCCUGCUGCAACAACUGGGAAAGCAGCGGGGAAGUCCAGUGCUUCCAAAAUGAGUUCAAUUCAAAGCCAACUGGUCAGCUCCCUCAGUGUCCUUUCAGCCUUCUACUCCCCAGGCCAGAAAACAGCUGCCACCAGCAAGCAGCAAGAGCAAGGUCUCAAAUCUAUUAUGAAGAAAAAUGGUGUUGCUGACAAGCAGGGGAGCAAGGGAGCCAAGAAAAACCUGAAGUUUGUUGGGGUGAACGGAGGCUACGAGACGACAUCCAGCGAGGACUCCAGCGGAGAUGAAAAGUCAAGAGUAGAAGUGGAGGAAGAAGAUAAAUCCAAAGUAGUGGUAGAGAAGGAAUCAGACAAGGAGUCUGAGGAAUCAGUAGGAAUCCUGGUGGCAGAUGCAGAGGUUGCUGUUGCUGCUGCUCCUGCUGCUGCGGCUCCUGCUGCUGCGGCUGAGGGGGAGGAAGGUGCUGUGGGUGAAGAUAAAGAGGUUGAGAGGGGCCUGUUGGAUUUAGAAGGUGGCCAUGAGCUCCUGCAGGUGGAGGAGGCAGAAAGGGAGAAAGUAGAUAAAGGAUUCAUUGAUGCCUGUGUGUAUGUAAAGGAUCGUAUGGAAGAGGUUUCAUCUCCAGAUAAGGAAAUGCGUCAGGUGUUGGUGGUGCUGUAUCAGGAAUGGUUCAGGGUCUCGAGCCAGAAAGACUCCCAGGCAGAUACGGUCAGAUUAUACCUGAGACAAGUGGGACUGACCACCCCUACUCUCCUGCCAUAUGUUGUUAACUUGACUGACGGUAAUGGGAAUAUGGCCCUCCACUACAGUGUGUCGCAUUCUAACUUCCCUGUGGUCAAGCUGCUGCUCGACACUGGUCUUUGUGAAACAGAUAAUGUGAAUAAGGCGGGAUAUACUCCAGUGAUGCUGGCUGCCCUGACUGCUGCUGAAAGCCCAGAUGAUCUAGAGGUGGCCGAGCAGCUGCUAAAACUUGGCGAUGUCAACGCACGCUCCAGACAGGCUGGCCAGACCGCGCUCAUGCUUGCAGUGAGCCACGGUCGCGUUGCCAUGGUGAAGCUGCUUCUGAGCUGCGGCGCAGAUGUAAAUGCACAGGACAGUGAGGGAUCUACGGCCCUGAUGUGUGCCUCCGAGCAUGGACACACGCACAUUGCUUGUUUGCUGCUGGAGACAGGUCGCUGUGAUAUCGGACUCACAGAUAAGAAUGGUCAAACAGCCCUGUCGGUAGCAGAAGCAGCUGCUCAUCAAGACAUCAUCGAUCUUCUAAAAUCCCGUGCAUCUGAGCCCAUGUCUGCUGCAGACCUCCUCUGAGUUCUACACAGUUUUCAAACCAUUUUAGGUCAACAUCUGCCUCUAUUUCCACAAUCCUCUUCCCACCAACAGAAUGGGAGGAAAAACAAAAGUAAAUACUGAAUAUGAUGCUAUAUGAAGAUAAGCAUGGGGCUGCCUUUAUGACCUCUGGGAAUAGAGUGUUUAUUUUAUGCCUCAACCAUAAUGUCUUGUUUUUGUUUUUUUUGAUGAAAUGAUUAAUGAGGGUUGAACAAAGUUAAAAUAAGAUAUUGCUGUGGCAACAAUUGAAGCCAACAGCAGUUUGAGCAGGAAACAGGGUGAGAAUAUAAAAAAAGGAGCAUACGGGGGAGAACUUCUGAACUGCUGCAUCUUAAUCUAUACUAACUCUUAAAGCAAAAUACUAAGCACACGAUCUACCUUUCAGAUAUAUAAAAUAUAACAUAAUUUCUAUUUUUCUUUAAUCACAUUGACAUUGUGUUGUUUUUUUUUCCAUAUUUGGACAUAAGCCAUUAUUGAGAGCAUCUUAUAUACAGAAUGUUAUUCUAACAGACCAUGAUCAUACAAACAGAGACUGUAUUUUCUACUGCACUUUUUUUUACUGUGUAUGUGUACAGUGAAUAUGAAUAUAUUCAACUCCUGAGGAAACUAUAUAGCAUGGAGUUAUAAAAGAAGUGACUUCAAAUAACGAAUCAUUACUCCACAGUGGUCAUGUUUUUCACGUAGUUCAUGGGUGAUCAUCAUUUGUGAGUUAUUGAAAAACAAAUGAUUUAGUCUAAAAUGAAAUUCAGUAUUUUUUAUAACAAUAUAUUGAGGCUGAAAAAAAAAAAUAAGUCAAGAGAUUGUAUUGAGCUGCAUGCUAAUACAGUUACUCCCACUACUGGCUGUUUUAAAUAUAACAUCACAAACCAGUAUGUUGUAAUACUGUUUGUGAUCCUCAGCUGUCUGUAUACAUAUAUAAAUAUAUAGUAUCUCACAAAAGUGAGUAAAUCCUAUUUUACAUUAAAUAUUUUAUUAUAUCUCUUCAUGGGAUAACACUGAUGACGUACUGAAGCAGGGUUUAGUAGUCACUUUACAGCUCGUCACUAAGACCACUAAGAUCUGGCUACAAACGUGAGUGCAUCAACAAGUGAAAAUGUUCAAAUUAUGAGCAAUGUGUCAACAUUUCAUGUGACCACCAUCAUUUUUCUGUACUGUCUUUACUCUCUUAACUUAACAGUGUUUAGGUCUGGUUUAACAAUACUGCCUUGUGGCCGAGUUUUUGAAGGGAAAGGAUCAUGAAACUGUAGCUUUCCACAGCCAGCAACGCUUGUACACCCCCAAACCAUGAUACACCCACCGCCAUGCUUGACAGUAGGCACAAUACACUUGUCGUUUUACUCCUCACCUGGUUGCUGUCACAACCAGGUGAGGUUAAACCAACAGCUCUAUCCUGGUCUAAUCAGAUCAUUGGGACAUGGUUACUGUCUGCUUCUCUGGCUGCUGAAAUUCUUGUGCAUCUUCUUUAGAAAAUAGAAUUCUGGGAUCAAAUUGAUCCCACUGUGGGAUCAAUUUGAUCCCAGAAUUCACAGACCAAUUUGAUGCACUGUGCACCAUAUGGUCUGAUCACUGAAUUCAACCCCAACAUCCUCUGCAGCAACGAUAGCACCCAAAGGUCUAAUAUCAAAAGACAACCUCUGGAUACAACGCGGAACAUUUGCACUCAACUUAUAUGGUCAUUAUACCGGGGAGGGAAAAUGGCUAACUGAGCACAAUUUGAACAUUUUCACUUGAGGGUAUUCUCACCUUUGUUGGCAAUGACUUUGCCAACAAAGCCAACCCAUUGCUAACUGAGCAAUGAGCAUUUGCUCAGUUCCCUGUGUUAAUUAUUUUGAGGGGACAGAAAACCCACAGUUAUACAGGUGGUACACUGACUACUUUACAUUCUAUCAAAGCAUUGUGCCUUCUGUGUUGUCCCAUAAAGAGGUAGAAUACUGUAGAAUGAUAAUAAAAAUACAAGGGGUGUACCUAGUAUUGUGAUCUAUAUGUCUUUCUAUUUACAUAGAUAGAUACAUAUGUCUACAUAAAUAUCUGUCUAUAUAUAUAGAGGGCUGUUUGUGUGAUUGUUCUAAUCAUGUAUGCAACACGUACAGAAUGCACAAUGAAUGUUGGGCUGGCUGUGACACAUUCCAAGAGAAUAAAAAUGUAGCAAGUUUUAACUAACCCUGCAUGGAUGACAAGUGCAAGAAUCAGUCCAGAUAUUAACUUUAUUUCAAAUAUAUGUCUAAAGACUUUAAAUUAGUCCUGAUGAUGAAGCAGUCUAUAGAUUGUAGAGCUAAGUUCAUUAGGCUCUCGUACCCAUGACUUAAGCAAUCAGACCAGACAUAUUAAAAUCCUGAGCAGGGAGUUUUGUUUGCAAUAAGAAGCAAUAAAAAAUAUUAUGUGUGGGACUAUGGUGCAGCCUUAAAUGGAUAACUGUUGUUAUUCUAGAGCUGAGGUUUUAUUUUCCAGGGAAGCAGAUGUUCUUUUGUGGAGCCUUUUCUAAUGCAGCUCCUUGCAGGAGUGUGGUCUUAUGAAAUGUUUACAAUGAAACAUUCCUUCCACAGUGACCACAACAGAUGCCAAACAUCUAACAAUGUUUACAUGAUCUAAGGGGAUAAGACAAAAUAAUAAUUCAGCAGAUGUUUAAAUAAUACAUUGAAUUAUUUUACCUCAGUUUAUCCUUUAGUGGGAUUAAUAAAUACAAGAUGUGAUUUACAAAAUUCUGGUAAAACUGUAUGAAAAGCCUUAAAAUAAAUUAAAUACUAAUUGCAGUGGCAUAAUCUUACAUUAAUUUAGUUGUGAGAAGAUCUUAUAUUAAGACAUUGUUUUGUUUUGUAUGUUGAGGGAGAGCUGGUGUCUCACUAGAGGUCAAUGAACAACAAUUUUGUUGAAAACAAUUAUUCCCUGAAGCAAAAUCUUCCUCUCACUGAAUCAAAGUACAGACAAAUAGAAAGGGGUGAUAUUAUUGAACAUGUUUAGUGUCAGAUCAUGUUACUUCAUUUAAAGACUGAUUUCUUUUAAGGCUUUAAACAUUUCUUUGCCAGAGGUGCCAAUAAAUGUGGAGGGCUGUUUAUCAGGCCUUGUUAAAUCUGAUUUAUGUUGGGGAACAUCUGUUUGCAAGAGCCAGUAGAGCUAAAAGUCUAAUAUUGUCAGGUAAUAAAUAUAUAAGUAGCAAUCCAAUCUGCAUGACAAAAUCAGUUUCUGUGUUGAGGGAAAACUUCAGGCAAUUAAUCAAACUCUGGAGGAUUUCUAGCACAAGAUUAACUUACCAACUGUUACUUUCACAAUAUUUAGGCCUUGCUUAUCUCUAAAACUUGAUUUUUUCCUUAAUAAACCAUUUAAUUGCUUUUUUGACAUGUCACCAAUAUCUGUUCUAUUCUAAUUUUCUAUUUCAUUGCGGUCACGCCAUCAAUCUCAAUUACUGUAAAUUAAAGCAAAAAUAGGCACAGAAUUGGACUAUGACUGUAAUUUGAAAAAAUAAUUAUUUGUAUGAAUAUAUAUAAAUUCAAAAUUUACAUGAAACAACUUUUUACAAAUGGACUAAAUAAUAGCACAUAUUUCUAUGUAGCAUUCAUUAUUCCCUGUGCUACAGUUACAGAUUAAAACAGAAAUGUAUAAAUAUAUGUUCCUUUUACAAAGCUGUGGGAUGUCAAACCCGUGCUGAGAGAAGUGUCUAGUCUUCUGUGCCUACACAUCUUUCUGAAAAUUUAUGUUUAAUCCAGUGUGUGACCCAGAUGUUGUAAGAUUUCACAUCUGGUUGAUCACCAAAUACCUGAAAUCAUCUUUGUUCCACAUGGGGUUAAAUUUGUGUGUUUUCUUCUGUAAAUCCAGCCAAAUACAUGUAUAUAAAGUAUUGUGGAAAAAUAUAUAACAAGUAUUGUCUGACAGUCUUAUAAUUAUAUGAGGUAUUUAUUCUAAAUGCUAUAUUUUUACCAUAUAUAUAUAUAUAAAUAUAUAUAUGACAAAAUUAUGUAUGCAUGGAGACAAAUAUUCAAGUAAUAGUGCUUGAAGGGAACUGGACUGUCAUUAUUUCACCUUUACUGGUUGGAUGUUUGUGAUAAUGUGUGACUUGAUAAGGUUGUGGAUUAUUGUGUGCCCAUCACACUAGUUUGGGAAUGUGUAAGAAAACAGCAAAAAGGAAUCUGCUGCAGACCUAUUAGGGGAAUGUCUCCCUAGUUUGAAUAUCAAUCUGAGAGCCCAUAAA